AUGACACAACCCAAUAUUGAAGCCUCAAUGUGCAGCGAGUACACGGAAUACUCUGACAACUUGAAUGAUGAAUGCACAUAUGACGGCUAUACCUCGUCCUUCGAAGAAACAACCAGAACGACUCACGUCCAUUUCUCAGAGCAAGUGGAAUGCAAGGCCACCAUUUCACGAUCUGAAAUCACUGCCGACGAGGCAAUUGCCUCAUGGUACACUCAUCAAGAACGAGCAAAGCUCAUGGUGAAGUACAUCAAGACUGUCGAAAGAAGACAAUCUGGAAAGAAGCCCAAGAAGAAUUCUUCCUACCGUGGCUUGGAAACCUUCGAUCAGUGCGAUGCCUUGGAACUCCAAUACACCAUUGAAGCUUGUGUCGACGCAGUCCUUCUGGAACAACACAGACAAUGGACCGAGAAUAUCGUCGACUGGGAAGCCCUUGCCCGAGUAUCCAUCGAGUGCUCGGAACAAUCCAAGGCACUCGCCUUGGCCAUGGCCAAGUCAGACAAACGUGAGGCCAAGAAGGCCAACCGAAGAAUGGCUCUCAUGGUGGAAGAGAGCAUGCGUUCCAUUUCUUCCACCAGCAUUGAAUCUUUUCAAGACAUGAAGAAACUUGUGCCGCACAAGGCUUCUCAGCAAACUGCCCUUGUUAUGGGAUCCACCAUAUCACCAGUAAUUGAACUUCGUUCGGCUUACUAA